AUGUCUGAAAACACUGCCUUCCAAGCUCACAACGACAAAUUCCACUGCAUCCUAGGUCCAUCCCCAACCAUCAACCUCCUCCACCAAAAUGACGCAUACCCCUUCGCCCACGAAGCAGGCAUCUACAUACAAUCCGCAAAGAGCCUCUUCAUAACCAGCAACCGAUGCAUAGAUGCCAACACCAAAGCCCAGAAGAUCCAAAUCACCCGCAUCGACUUAUCCACCAACCCAGUAACCGUCGAAGAACUCGACCCCCAAAUCCCAAUGGGAAACGGCGGCGUCAACUACUCCGACGCCGAAAUCCUAAUAUGCGGCCAGGGAAACCUAAAUGAGCCAAGCGGACUGUACACAAUGUCAACAAGAGCACCGUACACGUCGAAGCUGCUCGUAGGCGAUUUCCUAGGUCGACCGUUCAACUCGGUCAAUGAUGUCGUUGUACAUUCGGACGGAUCGAUCUGGUUCACGGAUCCUAUUUAUGGAUUCGAGCAGGGGUAUAGACCUAAGCCUCAGCUGCCAUGUCAAGUUUAUCGCUAUAGCACUGCUGAUGGCAGUAUUCGUGCUGUUGCUGAUGGGUUUGGGAGGCCGAAUGGGAUUUGUUUUUCGCCUGAUGAGGGGACUGUUUAUGUUACUGAUACUGAUCGGCAUCAUGGGGAUGGGACGGAUGAUCCCCAUCGGGUUUCUUCUAUUUAUGCUUUCGACAUGUCGGUUUAUAGUGGGCAGCCGUUCCUUACUAAUCGGCGGUUAUUUGCUAUGACCAAUAAUGGGAUUCCUGAUGGCAUUAAGUGUGAUAUGGAAGGGAAUGUUUAUAGUGGUUGUGGAGAUGGGAUUCAUAUUUGGUCGCCUGGUGGUGUUCUCCUUGGGCGGAUUCGGAUUGAAGGAGGGUGUGCCAACUUUUGUUUUGGAAAGAAAGGUGAGAUCUUCGCACUGAAUGAGCAUCGGCUGUGGAGGGUUCAGUUGGGCAGUCAUGUCAAAGGGGCUUUGCUUGGGAUUUAG